UAGAAAUUCAACUUGCGUUUAGCGUGGACGUGUUACGUGUUUGUUGCUAUUGUGAUUUUUGAAAAAAAAAAAAUAAUAUAAAAAAUAAUAAAAAAAAAGUAAAAAUAAUCUUAUAAUAUAUAAGAUCGUUAACCUACGAUAUCUGAUAUCUCAAAUAAGGUUUCUUGUGUUCAUCUACAUUCGUAAACAUCGAAUAUGGGCAAUCCAAUCUGGUUUAUCUUUUGGCUUUUGGUGUUUGUGUUCAUUUCAUUCUUCGUGGCCUUCUUCUGUGCGGCUUUCUACAUCGUUCUGUUGAUCUUUACGACUUGUAUCCCUGGUCUGACGUCGAUAACGGAUUUGUUGCUGCAAUGCUUACAAUUCCCUUACUACUGUGCCAAAGCCAUGAUGGAAUGCAGACAACCCUUCUAAACUGAAUCUUCGUGGGACGUGCCAAACAUUUUAUUUUUUAAUCUGUUUUUAUUUCUCGUAAAUGUGCAAUGCAUUUGUUCUUAUUUUUUUUUUCUUUCUUCAUAUUAGUAUUUAUUCGCAAAGGCAAAGUACAAGCAUAAAUGUUAACAAAAAAAAAACUUUUAUAAAAUAUUUUAAUUAAUAAAUAAAGAAAAUCAAUGAUACAAAAAUAA